GUGACCUAUUUGGGGCAGCCUGCCCCUGGCCCUUUCAACACAUAAAUAUAUGAAUAUUCAUAUAUACAUAAACAUACAUAUUUCUGGUCUCCAUUGUUGCUGAUCUAAUGUCAGCCACUAGUCUAACUGGUCUGUUACACCGUUGUGAAUAAUCUGCCUUGUGUAUUGUAACCUUUAAGAUUUUCAGUAAUUUCCAUGAUCUAGGUUUGAUUUCAUUAUUAUUUGCCCUUCUUAGGAUUCUUUAGGUUUCCUGUAUUUGAGGAUUUAUGUUGCUCUUCAAAUUUUGAAAAUUCAUAGCCAUUACCUCUUCACAUAUUGUGUUCUCCGUUUUUUCUGUUCACUUCUCUGGACUCCCAAUCACUAGGUAUUGGACUUUCUCAACUAUCCUUCAUCUCAAAGCUUUCCUUUCAUGCUGGUGGAAUAUAUACCGCUUGAUGCUGUGCUACGCGAGAUUUCUUCAUUGUUCAAUCUACAUCCAACCUAUCCUAUAUUGACUAUAUAUUUCAUUUCUAGAAUUUCUGUUCCGAUCUUCUUCAAAUCACCUGUUCCUCUGGGAUAUUAUGUUUUGUUUCCUUUAUCCCUGUGGCUAUAUGAAACAUUCAUUUUCAAGUUUUGUGUUGUUCUAGUAUUUCUAACUCUUGGGUGAAGACUCUCCCCAUUUUGGGAUUGGUUUCUUCCCAUGAUUUGUAAGUUUUUGCAAGUGUCUCCUCAGCAAGAGUUGUUUUUAGCGGAGAGGCAGCGUACCUUGUCUUGCUGACCAUUCCCUUCGGGGCGGCUUUGUGCUUGCUUCCAACAGAGUUCUAUGGGUUUCCCCGCCUUUGGUCCCUGCAGCUUCACUUUUUUUUUUUUUUUCAAAGAUUUAAUUUAUUUAUUUGACAGACAGAAAUCACAAAUAGGCAGAAAGGCAGGCAGGGGGGUGGGCAGGAAGCAGGCUCCCUACUGAGCAGAUAGCCCGAUGCGGGGCUUGAUCCCAGGACCCUAUGAUCCUGACCUGAGCUGAAGGCAGAGGCUUUAACCCACGGAGCCACCCAGGUGCCCUGCAGCUUCACUUUGGGUCCUGAUACCACAGGAGGACUAUGAACUUGGCCACACCCAGUGUUUGGUACUGGCCUGCGGUUCCAGUAUUUUUCAGAACGGGACAGUCCUUGUUGGAUUUGAAGAAUUGAUGAGAUCACAGCUGUGAUUAUAUCUGAAGUCUCUAGCUUUACUACCCAUUGAGAACAACCAAAUACCUCUCAGCUAUAGAAACUCUGCCCAGGAGACCUGCCCUAAGGUGUCUGGUUUUUAAUUCACUACUUGUUUGAUUUUCUUAUGGAAGAAGGCAAUUUCUGGGAGUCCGAAUUAGAGAAGAGUGGAUCUCCCAAAGGAGCUACUCCCAAAAGAAUUAUCCAUUUCGUUGAUGGAGACAUCAUGGAAGAGUAUAGCACAGAGGAGGAGGAAGAGGAAGAAAAAAAGGGACAGAAAACAAAUUCAACACAUGAUCCUUCUACCCUUUCAUGGGGUCCCUAUCUAUGGUUUUGGACAGGCCAAAUAGCAAGCACCUCAUUGUCUGCAUGUGAAUUCCUUGGUGAAAGAUUUGCUACCUUCUUUGGUCUUAAUCAACCCAAAUAUCAGUAUGUGUUGAAUGAGUACUAUAAGACACAAAUUAAGGAAAGUGACAAGGAAAGUGAAGGGAAUGGAUCUAAGACCCAGCCAGCCAAGGUUCCUAAUGAAAAGUGUCACCUGGAGGCUGGGGGCCAAGAGUAUGGAACCAGACGACAAGACAUUGUCCAGGGUGUUCCUCAGCAGAGUGUCUCAUCCAGGGAAGGCGUGGCUGCAGAUUUCACCCCAUAAUGCGCCCCGGGGCUGUAGUUCCUCUGAAUGUCUGUUCCACUGCCAUUGAUGACCAUGGCAACACAAGUUGUGCUUCUGAGCCAGGUCUGAUUUUAAUCUUGUGAUUUAUUCUCUAGCAUCCGUGAUUAUAAGCAGUAAUGAGAAUUAUGGAUGCUUUCUCAAUUUUAUAAGCCUCCCAAGUCAACCCCCUUCCUCUGCCCAGUCAUAAUGGAAAUUUUGCUAAUCAUCUCUUAUUACUGGUGUUUGCCCAGAAAUGCAAAUGCUUUAAGGAACCUGAAUCUGGACUAAAACUCUUCGUCAUGGGGCUGGGGUGCAGAAAAGAAGCUCUCUUCCUCAGAAGAAACUUUGGGCAUUAUGAAGUCUAAGUAAGUCCUCUUUCAGGGUUUGAUCUAAGGUGUGUGCUUUCCAGAAGCUCCUCUGGCUUCAUUGGGACUUGCUUUACAAGAAACUAACAUUGUUAGUAACUUUGUUACAAUAUAUCAAAGUCUUUGAGAACUGGAUGCAUUUCCCCCCCAACACACACAAUUAAAAACAAUAAUCCAAGCUCUAGAAAAAGUAUUUUAAAAAUACUUUUUUAAAAUUUGUCAGCAAAAUUUCAAAACCUGGAAAGAUCAAACCUGGAAGUCGUAGCUCAAUAUCACAGGUUGUGCUAUGAUAUUAUAGAAAGUCAUAGGACUUGCUCUAAGAAGACAGGAGGUCGUCUCCACUCUACCAUUUACUAGUCGUGUGAUUUUAGGAGUCCAGAUUUCUGAGCACUUGUCACCUUCUCUGCAAAAUAGGGGUGGCAUAUAUUUAUUCCUCAAGGGUUACUGUUAAACAAAAAUGAGAUAAUAAAAGCAAAACCACUUUUAAAACUGUUAAUAUUCAACAGUAAUGAUUAAUUAAUGGCUGUUAUAGAAUGUUACCUUGAAAGUCUCUAAAGAACCAUGGCUUCUCAAACUCACGCCCUGAUACUGUCCCAGCUACCUUGAUGCUGGGCUUGGUCAUGUGACUUGUUUUGGCCAAUGAGACAGUAGCAAAUGUGACGCAAGUGGAGGCCUGAUGAGUACUUGUGAAUGGGAGCCUGUCCUCUUAGAAACUCCAUUUCGUAAAGAAGCUUGGGCUAGACUUCUCGCUAAUGAAAGGCCACGUGGAAAUAGAUUUCCAAGGAUGAAAGAACGUCUUGCACAUUCCAGUCCCAGCCAAGCUCCUCACCAAAUGGAGCCACAAAAAAUGACCUUCUGUUAUCCCUCGUGGAGUAGAUGAACCCCAUGGCUGAGUCCAGUCAACCUGCAGAAUCACGAGAUAGAAUAAAUCAUUACUGUUUUAAGUGUUGGAGGGGUUUAUUAUGCAGCAUAUGUAACUGAAGGAAUAGCUCUAGGAGAACGGGAAAUUGGAAUCGAUUCGAUAGGAAAUCGAGAAGGCAGCCUUGGGAAUAAGGUGUUGUUUGGAUAUAUGAGAAUAAGACAGGUUUUGUUGCCUAAUAAAACAAUUCUAAAGCUCAGUGGCUUGAAACAACAAAAGCUUAUUUCUUUCUCAUGAGAAGUCUGCUGUCAGUUUAGAUGGCUUCCCAGAGCGUUGGCCCAGUGUACAUGUGUCUUUUUUUUUUUUUUUUUAAAGAUUUUAUUUAUUUGACAGAGAGAGAAAUCACAAAUGGGCAGAGAGGCAGGCAGAGAGAGAGGAGGAAGCAGGCUCCCUGUGGAGCAGAGAGUCCGACGUGGGGCUCGAUCCCAGGACCCUGGGAUCAUAACCUGAGCUGAAGGCAGAGGCUUUAACCCACUGAGCCACCCAGGUGCCCCUGUACAUGUGUCUUUGAUCUUAUGGUUCCUCCAUACUGUGAUGUGCUCAGGGCUGCUGAAGCAGAGACGGAAUGGACAAUCAAUGUCCCCACUGAGAAUGAAUCGUGUCACCUCUGAUUAUGUUUCCUCUACCAAAGAAAGUCACAUGGCCACAAUCAGCUUUAAGGGAUGUGAGCCUCCUAGGACAGCUGAGAAGGGGAAAUACUUUCUCCUAGUGGUUGUAUGGGAUAACUGAUGGGCUCAGGAGUUAUGAUAUUGAUUUAAUCUCAGCUCUGCUGCCCCUUUGUACCUCAGUGGCCCUGUGCAAGUGAUGCAGCUUUACAACGUUCCUAUGUGUAAACCAGAUUUGAGACAGGCAGCAAGUUCAAUUUGAACUAGUUUAUGCAACAAAAAAGAAUUUUUUGGAAGGAUAUUGAGGUAUCUCAUGGACCCCAACAGCAGAUAAACUUCAGUAGGUCUAGAACAAAUUCAGUAAACAUUUCUCAUCUUUCUUACAGGAGGAAGAAAGAUCACUCCAUAGCUCUUUUAUUUUGUAAUCUUUAUUUUUUACUGAGAUAUAACUGACCUGUAAAAUUAUAUUAGUUUAAGGUAUACAACCUAAUGAUUAAUAUUGGUAUCUAUUAUAAAAUGAUCACUACAGUUAGUCUAGUUAACAUCCACCACACAGUUUCACAUUUUUUUCUUGUGAUGAGAGCUUUAAAGAUCUACUCUCUUAGCAACUUUCAAAUAUACAGUAUAUUCAUCAUGCUGUAUGAUUACAUCAUCAUGACUUACUUAUUUUUUAUAACUUUAAGUUGGUACAUUUUGACCACCUUCACCCACCCAUCAUGCCCCAUCUCUGGCAACCACUAAUCUGUUCAGUGUAUCUGUGAGUUUGAAUUUUUGUUAUUUGUUUUUGUUGGUUGGUUGGUUUUUAGAUUUUACAUAUAAGUAUGAUUAAGUGGUACUUAUCUUUCUUCAUCUGACUCAUUUCAUUUAGCUUAAUAAUGCCUUCACGGUCCAUCCAUGUUGUGGCAAAUAACAAGAUUUCCUCCUUUUUCAAGGCUACAUAAUAUUCCACUUUGUGUGUAUGUGUGUGUACCACAUUUUCUUUAUCCCUUCAUGCACUGAUGGUUCCUUAGGCUGCUUCUGUGUUUUAGCUGUUGCAAAUAGUGCUGCAGUAAACAUGGUACAUAUA